UGUAAACCCACCACUCUCUUUCUCUCUCACAGUCCACAAAAAAAAGCACAGCCAUGAACACAGACACUUCACCUACUCUUUUCCUUCUCCCAGUUCUCUUCUUAUUUGACCUCCGUUUAAUCUCAGCCCUUAAUAUCAACGCAAUGCCAUCCGUUGAUUUCAUCCCCAGCCCCAGGCCCGGUUCUCAACCGCUAACCAAGGGCUCAGAUUUCAUCCGCUCCAGCUGCAAAUGUACCAGCUACCCCGACCUCUGCUACGCCUCCUUGAAAGCGUACUCCAGCUCCAUCCACGAGGACCCAGUGGAGCUGGCGUGCGUCGCCAUCGGCGUCAGCUUGAAGAAGGUGAAAAAAAUGUCGUCCUACUUGGCCAACCUCAGCCGCAAGGGCGACAUCCACUCAGACCCCAGAGCGUCAUCGGCGCUCCAAGACUGUGUGUCACUCCUUGGUGACGUCGUGGACGAGAUCCAAGAUUCACUGAAACAGAUGCGCGACCUCGGCUCGGCCGGGAGCUCCAAGGAGAGGCUCCGGUUCCUGUUGAGUAAUGUGCAGACGUGGAUGAGCGCGGCGUUGACGUACCAGGAGACUUGUACCGACGAUUUCGACGACGUGGCGGACAAGCCGCUGAAGUCGGAUGUCAUAAAUAAGUGUGCGUAUGUGAAGAAAUUGACGAGCAAUGCACUUGCUUUGGUUAACGAUUACGCUGAGAAAGCAACAAGUUGACGAUGAUCGGAAUGCGUGAUGUUGGACCGUUGGAUGUUGGAGGCUUAAAAUUGCAAUAUAAAUAAUUUUGAUUAAUACUAA